AUCAGAAAGCUUCAUCAAGACGUGAGACAAUCAUGGGAACAGUUCUUGCUUUAGGUUUUCUCCUCAUUUUGGCACCAGAAUGGACCAAGGCUCGGACGGCAGAUUUAAAGACUUCUCACAGUCCACUGUUUGUCAAUCAAUUCAAUGGGACUACAGCUGAAAUCCGCUGUGGAAUUUCAAUGAAGGAGAUCGAUGGAUUAUAUCUAUACAGGAAAUUCACAGGUUCAGAUAAGGUGAUGUUCCUGUAUAUUAGAAAAAUGGAAGCAGAAAUUCAUGAGAACUACAGCAGCCGUCUAAAUUACUCAAAAACGUGCUGUGAUUUUUUAAUUAAAAUCUCAAAACUGAGGCCUGAUGACAGCGAUGUCUAUUACUGCCGUUUUAAAUACGUAAACAUGUCAACUCAUGAAGAAGAAGAAUACACAAGUACAGGAACACUGGUAAUGGUCACAGAGCAAACUUUCCCAGACUGUCCUCCAGACAAGCAGACGAGGAAAAUCGUUCUGAUUUUGAUUCUAACUGUAGUGGUCAUCGUGAUCUGCAUGGCUGCCUGCUUUUGUGUGUGGAACAUAACUGGGAAACAGAAAACAUUUGAGCCAAAAGCGGCAAAACAAUACAGACCCAGGAAAGGCCAAAAGCCUCAACAACAGCAAAGAAUAAAUUUCAGUUUGUAAUAUGUAACAGCCAGUGAUGUUUAUAUAGGUACUCCUCUCCCAUAUUACUUUUGUGCUUGCCAAUGCUGCCAGUGUGAGAACUGUCCCCGUGCCCACACACAUGUGUGCGCUGAUGUGAGAACAUACCACACACCUCUUCAGACAACUUGGAAUACUCUCAUGUAAUCAAUGAAAAAAGAGAUGGAUCAAGAAAGGAAGAUGAGGCUUGGAACAUACAAGACACUGAAGUAUUCUCUACUCGAGUAUAUGUUUGUAUUUUUACUUGAACAACUGCUUGCAGUUGUUAAUUUACAUUAUAGAGCACAAUUUGAUUGAUAUUGAGCAACAAGAAGAGUGAGGGAGGAGGACAAAGAAGAGAAUUGAUUCAACUCUGACCAUGAAUGACGAGCUAUGAGUAACAAAUGAAAAUAAGCUAAGCUAUUAAAUAUGCUCUAUAUGUUAAAUGGAUAUAUAAUUAGGCAGCUGUUAAUAGGCCUUAAGAUACUGUAUCUCUGUGAGAUAGAUAGAUAGAUAGAUAGAUAGAUAGAUAGAUAGAUAGAUAGAUAGAUAGAUAGAUAGAUAGA